CACACACACACACACACACACAGAGGUCCGUGGAUCUAUUCGUGAAGAACUACAAAGCACAGACACACAGCGAGCGGCUCGAGUCUGUCAGCGCGAGGAGAGUCACAAUGGUCGGGAUUCCGGGCGCGUUUCAAUACAGCGCAGAGAAGAACGUUCCUGCCAUGCCAGGUUCCCCAGUGGAUGGAAAGACUCAUUCCAGACCAACCGUCUCCGUCAUGCCCCCUCUACCCUCCGUCAACCCCAGCGGACCUCGACCGGCAGCCUUCUCCACCACAGCAUUGACUAAUGGGAUCAAUCAUUCCCCGCCGAUGCUCAACGCCAUUCCCUCGCCGCCUCAGCGCUACAGCAACGGCCCUUCAUCAUCAUCUUCCUCCUCUCUGGCCAAUCAGCAGCUUCCAGCCACCUGCGGCGCGCGACAGCUGAGCAAACUCAAGCGCUUCCUCACAACACUGCAGCAGUUCGGCAACGACAUCUCGCCCGAGAUCGGAGAGAGCGUCCGAAACCUGGUGCUGGCGCUGGUGAACUCCACCGUCACCAUUGAAGAGUUUCACUCCAGACUGCAAGAAGCUACAAACUUCCCCCUGAGGCCCUUCGUCAUUCCCUUCCUGAAGGCGAACCUGCCGUUACUGCAGAGGGAGCUGUUGCACUGCGCUCGAGCCGCCAAACAGACUCCAGCGCAGUAUCUGGUCACAUAUAAAGAUGGAUUUGUUUCCUAUUUAUUUUUUAUGAUUUACUCCAGAAGUAAAGAGAAUGGUUUCCACGAGCGUCCUCCCGCCUCCCUGGAGCCUCCUGCCAAGCGAAUCUGCACCAUUAGCCCCGCCCCCAGACACAGCCCCGCCCACCCGCUGCAGCUCCCCGCCCAGAUGCACCCGACUCCGCCCCCUCUGCAGCACUACGCGCUGGAUGACAUCAGCACACCUCACCUGUACAGAGAACCGCAGCGGGUCCCGGAGCUGAGGGAGCUGAAGGAGCGGCCGCGGCUGACAGGCAGUAAUGGAGGCUUCCGUGAGGAACCUGUAGACCACAGACUGACAGACAGAGAGUGGGCUGAAGAAUGGAGACAUCUGGAUCACGUGCUGAACUGCAUUGUGGACAUGGUGGAGAAGACGCGGCGUUCGGUGAGCGUUCUGCGGCGCUGUCAGGAGUCCGACCGCGAGGAGCUCAAUUACUGGCGGCGACGCUCAAACCCACACGACGAGGGACGCAAGAACGGAUCGGCCGCAGGGAACGCCCCGUUCAGCAAGACACACAGCCCUCUGUCAGCAGAGGGAGUCAACGCAGACUCUCAGAGGAAUCUUCCCCUGCGCGCCGGCUCUGGCUACGUGCCUGAUGAGAUAUGGAGGAAAGCCGAGGAAGCGGUGAACGAGGUGAAGCGUCAGGCGAUGGACGAGGUGCAGAAGGCCGUCGCCGAGGCCGAGCAGAAAGCCUUCGAGAUGAUCACCGCCGAGAGAGCCAAGAUGGAGAAAACCCUCGCCGAGGCCAAGAGGAAAGCCACCGAAGACGCCAUACAGGUCAUCAACGAGCAGGAAGACUCCAGCGAGUGCUGCUGGAACUGCGGUCGGAAGGCGAGCGAGACGUGCAGCGGCUGUAAUGCGGCGCGUUACUGCGGCUCCUUCUGUCAGCACAAGGACUGGGAGCGACACCAUCUCAUCUGCAGCCCGGGGCUCCAGGCGCAGCCCAAAUCCAUGCCACGCGUCCUGGCCAAAGCUCCGGAGAGCGGCCCGGUCCCGAGUCCAGGCCUGGAGAAAACCUCCAGAGCAUCCACACCAGCGUCCUCCUCCACGCCAGACACCAGCGGACACUGAGAGCCAAGGACUCAAUGAAAGAGGAGUUUAACUGCUGGAUGUGACAGAAGCUGGACAGUCACACACACUUUUCCAGUUCAUGGACAGGAGGACGUGUUUUUGGCACCGCUCUGCGUGACUCAGCUUGCUUUUUUGGUGCAAAUGUGAUCUGUUUUACCCGCACAAACUGUUGUCAGUGUUUCGUGAGCGUUUGUUUGUUUGUGUGUGUGUGAUUGUGUCUGUAAAUACAAUAUCAGAGCAAUAUAAAAGUGAUGGAUUCACCAAAGCUGUCAAUGCUGUGACCUGUUCAUUAUUAUCUGACAGUGUUAUCAGAGUUGCCAUAGAGAAUGUGUGUGUGUGUUAACCGUGGAAAACAAACCCUGGUCUGAAGGGACCAGUUUUGAUCAGGGUCCAGAUGUACGAUCAUCAGCUUCUGGUACAGAUUAAUCCACCAAACCAGGUCUUGAGCUGGUCUGUUUGUAUCCACAUGCAAAGCUCUGCGAUCUCAGGAGGAUGUUAUAUGUAUAUACUUUUAUUUUUGUUCCACUUGUAGAGUCGAGGCGGUUCCUUUUCUUUGAUUUCCACGUUGACGUCUUCAGCUACCUUCGUUUCGUUCAGUACACCAC